CGAUGGGUUUUAAGUUUACCUUUACCGGAGUAGAGUGAAGUUGUUUGGCCGGCUACACUUUUGAUUAAACAUUAAACCUUUAUUUUUGGCGAUAAAGUACUUUUUUGAUGGCUGCUGGACAGGAUGCUUGUUACAUCUCACUGCUAGGAUUAGCUGAAUACUUUCGCACUUCCAAUCCACCAAACGUUAAAAAAUGCAUUCAGUGUCUUCAAGCUUUAUUUACCUUUCAACCUCCAUCCAAAGUAGAGGCUCGUACUCACUUGCAAAUGGGUCAAAUCCUUAUGGCCUACACCAAAAACAUAGAUUUGGCCCGUAGUCAUUUGGAAAAGGCUUGGAAACUCUCGGAAAAUCUCUUGAAUUUCGAUGAUGUCAAAUUUGAUACAGCAAGUUUAUUAGCUCAAUUAUACUUGCAAAUGGAGCUGGGAUCACUAGCCAAAGGAAUUCUCAGAAAAGCUGUUGAGUUAUCACAGAACAAUGUCUAUUGGCACUGUAAAUUGCUAUUGCAGCUUUCUCAAAUCCACGCUACUGACAAGGAGUACUCUUUAGCAUCCGAACUUUUGGCGGUGGGCGCCGAAUCUGCGGAAGAAGCAAAUGCCAUCUACUUAAAAGUUCUCUUCCUCCUCAGUCGAGCGAUGAUAUUAAUGAUUGAACGAAAGACCAAUGACGUGUUAACCUUGCUCAAUCAGGCUGGCUCUAUUAUUGAUAACAACAUAAUGAACCCACACCAAAAAGAGUACCUCAAAGUGUUUUUCUUGGUUUUGCAGGUUUGUUAUUAUCUUGCGCUAGGCCAAGUGAAAACAGUGAAACCGAGUUUAAAGCAAUUACAAAUGAGUAUUCAAACGAUCAUGGCUCCCAAUUGGCCGACGGAUGAUGUUAUCUUUGGGCAGAAUCCACUCGAAAUGUUCGUGUGGCUACCAAAAGAGCAACUCUACGUAUUAGUGUAUCUGGUUACCGUUUCGCAUUCAAUGAUGGCUGGAUACAUGGACAAAGCGCAAAAAUACACAGAAAAGGCUCUCACCCAAAUCGAGAAACUCAAAUCCCAGGACGACAAACCAAUCCUUUCGGUGUUCAAAAUCAUUCUAUUAGAACAUAUUGUGAUGUGCCGUAUGGUGAUGGGUAAUCGUGAGCUGGCGAUUACAGAAAUAGCCGCAGCUAGAGAUGUUUGUCUUGCAACAUUGAACAGAAAUCUUUUAAAACGCCAUUCAGCGCAGCUGCAUUGCUUACUUGGGCUGUAUGCCAUGUCGACGAGCUUGUUUGAUUAUGCCGAGCGACAAUUUUUAGCAUGUGUGAAUGAAACAGCCGAAAGGGACUUAAAAUUAUUUGCGAAUUUGAAUUUGGCUAUCAUAUACCUCAGGACAAAGCGUGACCAGGACUUGAAGCAGAUUUUGGAUUCAGUAUCUACCGAAAACACACAUUCAUAUAGUUCGCAAGCUCUAAUGGGAGGCUUCUAUUACGUGCAGGGCCUUCAUGCGUUCCAUAAAAGCAGUUUUCAUGAAGCCAAACGCUUUCUUCGUGAAACUCUCAAAAUGGCGAACGCAGAGGAUCUUAACCGUUUAACAUCGUGUUCAUUAGUUCUUCUUAGCCAUGUCUUCCUCAGUAUAGGGAAUUCUAAGGAGAGCAUGAACAUGGUAACCCCAGCAAUGCAACUGGCUUCGAAAAUUCCUGAUAUUCACGUUCAGCUGUGGGGCAGCGCUAUUCUUAAAGAUCUUCAUCGUAUGUCAAAAGAUAUGCAACACGAAAAAGAAGCAUACGCGAAUCAUGUCAAGUAUUCAGAAAAUCUUAUCGCUGAUCAAAGGAAAUGUGUAACCAUGCCACAACAUGCCCUUAUUAAUUGGUUUAGCGGAGAACCCAUUGUCACAUCGGAAACCAUCACCGCAGUCACAGGAAUGGCAGCACAUAGUCCCGGACAAAUAGUUAUUGUUUCGCAGAAGGCGGGAACUCAGCAACAGACUUUUGGGCAGUUUUAGGAAUAAUAACUUGGUCCCAACUUAUUCCGUUCUAUCAGCUGAGUUCCUUUGUGCUCCAGUAUCUACUGCAAAUUACUUUUUAGUACUUCAGAAUGCAUUCGCCGACAUUUUUUCAAUAAACGAAAAUGAGUUGAAUCAGAAGUACUAAGCAGUAAAUACUAGAGCCCCAAUGAACACAGCUAUUAAAAAUUAGAAAACUGUCAAAUGGCAUACAAAAGUUUGAAUUUUCCUGUUUAAAAUAGCUAUAUUUAACUAAUUGAAGUGCGAAUAAAUUUGGCUUAAGUCCGUAUGAUA